CAGCCAGGCAGCACAUGCCCAGCAGCUGCUGCAAACCAGGAAAUUGUGGGCAGGACAAAUAAAAGAGAAAAUGAAAGCAGCAGCCACAAUUAUACAGCUGAAAUUCAGGGUACAGUGACUACCAUUAUGUCAAACCAUUCCACAAGUGGUCCACUAUCAAUAUCGACUAACUAGCACUAAAUACCUAAACCACAAGUUAUUUUCCAAUAUGCAUUUCUCGCUUUUCAUCUUGCUCUUUAUUAAGUUACUGUUUUGUAUUCAGUUUUCUGAAAGCAUUAAUUCUGCAGGCGAUAACCUGGCAACAAAUGGUCUUCCGUUUCCGUGGAGUAAAGUCCGCCUGCCAAACUACAUAGUGCCUGUCCAUUAUCAUCUACUUAUUCAUCCCAAUCUUACCACUCUGAGGUUCAAUGGUUCUGUAAAGAUUGAAAUCGAUGUAAAAAACAACACAAAUUGGGUGGUCCUACACAGCAAGAACCUUAAGAUCUUCACAGCCACUGUUUUGAAUGAAGAGGAGACUCAUCUGUCAGAUAGGGUGCUCCCUGUGCUGGAAUAUCCUCCACAUGAACAGAUUGCCAUCUUCUCCCCGAAGAUUCUGACCUCUGGUGAAAAAUACUUCCUUUUUUUGGAAUUUGGAGCACCAUUAAGUGAUGGGUUCUAUGGAUUUUAUAAGAGUACUUACAGAACGAAAGGAGGAGAGACAAGGGUCCUGGCAUCCACCCACUUUGAGCCUACAUCUGCCCGAAUGGCAUUGCCAUGUUUUGAUGAGCCCAUUUUCAAAGCCAAUUACACUGUCAAAAUAAGGAGAGGACCGUCACACAUAGCUUUGUCAAACAUGCCAUUAGAACAAACUGUUGAAAUUGAUAAUGGUCUGUUUGAAGAUCAUUUUGAAGUUAGUGUGCGAAUGAGUUCCUACCUGUUGGCCUUCAUUGUCUGUGACUUUAAAUCUGUUAGUGGAAUAACUGCAACCGGAAUCAAUAUUUCUAUUUAUGCCGUUCCAGAGAAAUGGCAUCAGACACACUAUGCUCUUGAGGCUGCUUUGAAGCUUUUGGAGUUUUAUGAAAAAUAUUUCAACAUUCUUUAUCCACUUCCAAAACUGGAUCUUAUAGCUAUUCCAGAUUUCGAGUCAGGUGCUAUGGAGAACUGGGGUUUGACUACGUACAGGGAAACCUCUCUGCUGUAUGACCCUGACAUCUCCUCAGCCUCCGAUAAGCUCUGGGUUACAAUCGUGAUAGGACAUGAGCUAGCCCAUCAGUGGUUUGGAAACCUGGUGACCAUGAAGUGGUGGAAUGACAUAUGGCUGAACGAAGGCUUUGCCCGAUACAUGGAAAUUGUCUCAGUUGAGGCAGUAUACCCUGAGCUUAAAGUUGAGGACAACUUCCUUGACACCUGCUUUGGCGCUAUUGGACGGGAUUCUCUAAAUUCUUCCAGGCCUAUUUCUUGUUUAGCCGAAAAUCCCACCCAGAUUAAAGAAAUGUUUGAUACUGUGUCCUAUGACAAGGGUGCAUGUAUUCUCCACAUGCUGAGACAUUUCCUGACAGAUGAAGGAUUUCAGAGUGGCAUAAUUCGGUACCUCAGGAGGUUCAGGUACAGCAAUGCCAGAAAUGAAGAUCUCUGGGACAGCUUUAUUAAAACAUGCUCUGAGGAGGAUAUAACAGCAGGGGAACAUUGUUACAGCAGUGCCCAAGCCACCAAAAAUGCGUUUCAUUUUCCUGGGGAACAUAUAGACCUAAAGAAAAUGAUGUACACAUGGACUCUACAAAAGGGUAUCCCACUGGUCACAGUAAAGCAGCAAGGAGGAAAACUUUAUAUUGGACAAGAGCGCUUCUUAAAGAUAGUCCAGCCAGAUGAUCCCUCAUGGCAUUCACUGCAAGAUGGCUACCUGUGGCACAUCCCUUUGACAUAUAAAACAAGUCACUCUGAUCAUGAGAUGAGGCACAUCAUGGAUACAAAGUCAGAUGUGUUGACCCUGGAUAAAGAUGUAGACUGGGUGAAGGUCAACACUGACAUGAAUGGAUACUACCUUGUCAAUUAUGAUGAGGAUGGCUGGGAUGCCCUGACGGAGCUCUUGAGAGUAAACCACACUGCUCUGAGCUUUAAGGACAGAGCCAGUCUCAUUCACAACGCCUUUCAGCUAGUCACUGCAGGGCGACUGUCACUAGACAGAGCUCUAGAUCUGAUCAUUUACCUGAAUUCAGAGACCCACAAUGUACCAUUACUGCAAGGGCUUGGCUAUCUACAGUCAUUGUACAAGCUGAUAGAGAAGAGAAACGCAGCAGAUGUUACUCAAAAUCUCAAGAUCUACAUCUUGCAGCAUUUCAGAGAUGUGAUUGACAAGCAGUCGUGGAGCGAUGAUGGAACAGUCUCAGACCGGAGGCUGCGUGAAGCGGUUCUUUCCCUCGCAUGUGAUUUUGGUUAUCCGCCCUGCCUGGAAAAAGCUAAACAACUUUAUGAUAACUGGGUGGAAUCCGAUGGUACAAUCAGCCUACCCACUGAUGUGUCGGAGACAGUCUACAUGAUUGGGGCUCAGCAUGACAGCAGUUGGACCUACCUCCUGGAAAAGUAUGGCAUCUCCAUGUGUGAGACAGAGAAAAGCAAAUUUCUCUCAGCUUUAGCAAACAGCAAGGAUUCUGAAAAUCUAUUAAGAUUACUGAAGCUUGGAUUGAAUGGAACUGUGAUAAAAACUCAGGACUUACCCUCACUUAUAUACCUUGUGGCCAGAAAUCCAGUGGGUCAUUUUCUAGCAUGGGACUUUGUGAAGAAACACUGGGAUGAACUUGUGGAGAAGUUUCCACUGGGAUCUUUUGGAAUCAGAGAAAUAAUUCUUGGCACUGUUUCUCAGUUCUCAUCCACAGAGGAGCUGAGUGAGGUCAAGGAUUUCUUCAAGUCCAUCACAGAGCAGGUAUCUCAGCUGCGUGCCACACACGUGGCCACAGAAAAUGUGGAGAAGAACAUCCUGUGGCUCACAAGGAAUCUAAAGACCAUGAGUCGUUGGUUGCAGAAAAGACUCAAAUAAACUAGAACUACAGACCAACAUUUUACGUAUUCUAGUCCUGUUUUUCACUCUAUGGGAUAAUCACAUGAAAUGUGUGCUGAAAUAAUGUUCUACUGUUUGGUAUCAUAAGUAAAUCAAGCUUCACACGACUUUCCACAAGCUUUCUAUUGCUUCUAUUUGUUGUGCUUGCCUAUUCAGUUUGUUUUGAUGAUAUUGGGUGAUAGCUUGUAUAUUGCCUGAUAUGUCUGCCUUUUUUGUUUUCGUAGAUAAGGGGGUUUAGAAACAAUUAUGCUUUUCUCCUGUGUUCUAAUCCUCUAAAGGAUUUUGUGUGUUUUCUGCACUUUGUCUCUGACAUUUCUUAAAAGAAUGUAAAUAGAUGAAUGAGUAGCACAAAAUUGCACUUGAAGCAGAUGAACUGAUGGAACAGUGUGAGGCUUGAAUAAAUACAUUGUAUAGCUUUAUAUAAGGUAUUAAGGUGUCUCUAGAGACUAGCCCAAAAACAGCACUGUUUUCCCUUGAAACAGAAUGGUAAGGUUUCUUCAAAGGAAUAAAUCAAGAUU